AUUAAUGUUUUGGGAAAAAAUUAGAUUUUCCUAAUUUUUCCAGGUUUAGAUAUGUCACAGGGAAACAGUGUAAAGGACUUGGACUCCCUAAAUGAAAUUCCAGUGUUUGAAAGUAUAUUUGGCAAAAUUUAUUCCAAUAUACCUUUGGAGCAACUUGAAAAAUGUGCCAAGAAGAAUGAUUGCAAAUUACUAGUAGGGAAAUCUCAGUCAAAUGAAUUCACAGUAACAACUAGAGAUCUUCAUUCUCUAGUACAAUUAAACAAAGAGCUAAAACAGGCAGCUCAAGCAUUGAAUUCUACAGAGAAGCAGAAAAAGGACAAACAAAUAUCUAGUGAGGGAGUCAAAGCCAGAAUAUACCCCCUUUUUAUUAAAAUGUCAAAAUGUGAAUUCCAUUCGUUCAAGUAUUUUGGAGAGAAAGAUGACCUACCAGAAUACAAAAAAGUUGUACAUUUACUAGAAUAUAAAGAUGGGGCACUUCAAGCAGGUUGUCCAAAUGAAGACUAUUUGGUAGAAGCUCUAAAGAGGCAUUAUGAUAAGAUAAGGACAUUGAAUACUGAUUUUUAUGCAGUUCCUGAUACAGAAAAAAGCAAAAUACCAGCCACUGUGAGGGAAAUUCAGAAGGAAUUCCCAGAAGCAUUUUUCUAUGGUGAAGAGACAAAGAUAAAUAUUACAUGUAAUGACUACUCUCAGUUGCAAUUGCUGAAAAAUACGUUAAAAAUUAAGUUGGAAGGUGGACAAACAAACAGGAGAAAUCGAAGAUUUCGAUCAAGUGAAGAUGCAACUGGAAAUACUGAAGAAAAGUCAGAGGAGGUGCUCAAACAAAGUGGACGAAGAAAUAGACGCUUUGAAAGCAAUGAGACUGAAUCAGAUAUGACUUCUUCAUUGUAUAUGUCUAGUGAUGCACUUGAAGUGAAAGUGAAGGAUGAAUUUACUGUUAAAGUGUAUCAGGGCAGUAUUACUAAACUCGGAGUUGAUUGUAUUGUCAAUGCUGCUAAUGAUAAGCUUAUGCAUGGAGGUGGAGUAGCAUUUGCAAUAGCAGAGGCAGCAGGAUAUGAAUUCAGUAGAGAGAGUGCAGAGUACAUCAGACAGAAUGGUCCAAUACCUGUGGGGAAGUGUUGUGUGACAUCUGCUGGUGACCUUCACUACAAGUAUGUAAUUCAUACAGUAGGACCUAGAUGGCAUGACUAUAAAAGUGAUGAUAAGAAAUACUGUUUUGAUGACUUGCAAGAAGCUGUUGAAGUUACAUUCAGAGAAGCAGAAAGGUUGAAAAUGACAUCAAUAGCAAUUCCGGCCAUUAGUUCAGGUAUAUUUGGAGUACCAAGAGACAAGUGUGUGGAAUGUUAUUACCAAGCAGUAGUAGCUUUCCUUUCCUCUAACAAGCCAACUUAUCUGAAGGAAAUACAUUUUGUGGAUAGAGAUCCUACCAUGGUUGAUGACAUCAAAGCAGUAUUUUCUCAGAUGAGGAAUUAUUCACCUAAAAAAGAAGACACACUAAACCCUUCUUAUAGUACAAACUCUCAACAAAAGCAAGAAAACUUAGAUGUAUCUAAGUCCUCUUCAAUUUACAGACCUCCUAGCAAUGAAAGUGAAGAAUGUGUGGUUUUUCAAAUACCAAACUCCUUCUCAGUUCACCUUUUUACAGGAAAUAUAGUUAAUACUGAAGCAGAAGCAGUUGUGUGUCCCCAGGAUAAAAAUUGUAGCUCCAAAGGAGGAGUUGCUCGUGCAUUGAUGGAAGCUAUAAAUGAUAAUACAGCUUAUCCUCCUAAAAAAGAAAAGGAGUGCCGAUUUGGAGAUGUUUUCGUAGCUGAAUGCAAAUCAAAUUCUACAAGAUGGAAAUACAUCCUCCACACUGUGGCACCAAGGUGGGAUAGGGAAUCUGCUGCAGAUAACCAGCAAUAUAUGAAAUCUCUAAAGAAAACAUACAAAAGUAUUUUUAAAGCAGCAGAGAGAGAACAGGUCUCCAGUAUUGCUAUGCCCAUUUUGGGAGUUGGUGUUGGAGGUACAUACGAAACACCACUGGAGACUUGUUCCAAAAUCUUUGCUACAACAGUAAAAUCAUUUUCAGAUGAAAACGAUUCCUUAUCCAUUCAAGAAAUUAAACUUGUAUUUCAAAGUAAGGCUGAGAGAUUUGCAUAUACAGAUGCAUUAAAAAAAGUCUUAGACAGUGAUGAUUUUGAAGUGAUCAACCUCCCUAAAGAGCAGAGCUAUAAUGUGCAGAGCUCAAGUGCAGAAGAAAACACCUGCUGCAUAUGCAUGGAUACUCCGAGCAAUCCAAAAGCAUUAAAAUGUGGCCAUGUCUUCUGCAAAGACUGCAUUGAUCAGCAAUUUAAGUACAAACCAGCCUGCCCAAGCUGUGGUAAAGUGUUUGGAAAGAUGACAGGGGACCAGCCACCUGGCACUGUGUCUCUAAGAAAAGAACGGAGAAGGCUUCCUGGUUAUGAGGACUGUGAUAGGUGCAUUGUCAUUACGUAUACUAUAGGAGGGGGUCGUCAAGGGGAGGAACACCCUAAUCCUGAUCAGUACUUCAAAGGGAUAACUCGGUCUGGUUACCUCCCAAACAAUACAAAGGGAAGGCAGGUGGCCAAGCUACUGAAUAUUGCUUUUUCAAGAAAACUGGUGUUUACCAUUGGAAGAUCCCGUACCACGGGAGAAGAGGGGGUGGUGACUUGGAAUGAUAUUCACCACAAGACAAGACCAGAGGGAGGUCCACAAAGGUUUGGGUACCCAGAUGACACCUACCUUGACCGAGUUCUGGAGGAGCUGGCAGUAAAAGGCGUCACACCAGAGUCAGCGGAUGAUCCAGAGGAAUACCGAGAAUAUUCCAGAUGUUUCUUUUAGAAGGAUUGGUGUAUUGUCUGAAAACAAGGAAAUUGUGCAAUCUUGAUGGUUUUUAUUGAUUUUUUUUUUCAAUGUUUCUUUAAAUAUUAUUAAUAUUAAAUGAGCAAAGAAAUAUUAAUGAAAGAUUUAAUAGUUAUUAAGUAUAUGAGUCGAACUUAAUCAAGGUUUCUUACGAAAUAAAAAUUGAAAUAGGUGCAAUGUUAAUGACUUUGUAAUACCACCAGUCUUUUUUCUUGAAUAAUUUCUAAUUUUUCCUUAAGAAAAACCCCACAAUUCCUUUUUUUCACGCACGGUUAAUUCAUAGUUGAGGUUACAAUUAAACUUUUAAUUCAGCUCCAAGGAAUAUAACGAUGUUUUAAGAAAUGAAUUUGUAUUACACUUUGGAGAUAGGGAAGAUACCUAAAAUUAUAAAGAUAUACAUAUUGUAUACAGCUGUGUAUACAUUUGGUGAAUGAGUCAGAAAGGAAACUACGUACAAUUCUUUAAUUGUAGAGCUUGCUCAUAGCAAAGUAAAAUUUCCAUAAAA